CAGUCGAUGCAAAAAAGUAGAUUGUUCAUCUGGCCCUGUCAAUUUAGCUCCCCACACGUACAUUAUGUAACUUAACUCUAAAGGCUCGUACAAGAUGUGUCUUUAGAGAGAAUCAUCUUUGGACAAAAUAAGUCUUAUGACGGAUAACUUUGCUAGCUUCACAGAUGGUGCCGCUAAAGCGUAGGAAAGUAGUCUCGACAUCGUCUGCAACUGACACUGACAUCAAAGCCACGAAAUACCCAGACACCGUCAUCUUUAUCUUAGAGAGAAAGAUGGGAGCCAGCCGCAGGACUUUCCUCACUAGACUUGGACGAAACAAAGGAUUCCAGGUCGCAGAGCAGUUCAGUGAGGCUGUUACACAUGUCGUCGCGGAGAACAACUCGGGGGAUGAGGUGCAGGCCUGGCUUGAGACUCAAACUGUGGGUCGCACUACGUCUAAUACGGUUCAUUUGUUGAGCAUCAGCUGGUAUACAGAAAGCAUGGCUACUGGCAAGCCUGAGAGCAUUCAAGAGAAACACAAAUUAAAGGUGAGCCACACACCCACUCCAGUCACGCCUGUGGUCUCUGCAAAGAGUUACGCCUGUCAGAGAAGAACUCCUCUGAAGCACCACAACUUGUUUCUGACUGAACCAUUGGAGCUGUUGGCAGAGAAUGCUGAGUUGGGUGAGAACGAGGGGAGGAGCGUGGCAUUCCGGAGGGCGGCAGCCAUCUUGAAGACACUCCCACGUGCGGUGAAGAGGAUGGAGGACCUGCAGGGUCUGCCCUGUCUGGGCGAACACUCGCUACGUGUUAUCAAGGAGAUCUUAGAGUACGGGUCGUCACAGGAGGUUGAGUCAACACGGCACUCGGAGCAGUUUCAGGCUAUGAAGGCUUUGACGGGCAUAUUUGGAGUCGGGGUGAAGACGGCUGAUCGCUGGUUCAGGGAGGGACUCCGCUGCCCAGCAGACGUGACCAAAUCAGAGCAGAGACUGAACAGCUCCCAGCAAGCAGGCUUGCUGCACCAUGAGGACCUCAGCCAGCGCGUCAGUAGGGCAGAAGCCGACGCCAUUGGUCAGAUCGUAGAGAGGGCGGUACAGGAAGUCCUGCCAGGAGCUCAGAUCACGCUGAUUGGAGGAUUCAGGAGGGGGAAGGAGACGGGCCAUGACGUGGACUUCCUCAUCACUCACCCAGAGGAGGGGAAGGAGGAGGGGCUCAUGCCCAAAGUGGUCCAGUGGCUGGAGGCUCAGGAUCUGCUUCUGUAUCAGAAAACUACCAUGAACUCUUACCUGGAGUCCAAAGAGGGGCCCGCACGGCCCGCUCACAACAUGGAUCGCUUUGAGAGGUGCUUCUCCAUCUUUAAGCUGGAGCGGAGUGUCCUGGGGGAGGCACACUCGUCUGCCCAGGCCACGGAGGGGGAACCUGGGGGUGGAGAGGGACGAGCCCCUGGGUCAGAGCCACUGCCACAGCGCCGCCCUGCUGGAUGGAAGGCCGUUAGGGUGGACCUGGUAGUCAGCCCCUUCAGUCAGUUUGGGUUUGCUCUGUUGGGCUGGACUGGCUCCAAGCUAUUUGAAAGGGAGUUGAGGCGCUGGGCAGGCCGGGAGAAGAACAUGUCCUUGAGCAGUCACGCCCUCUACGACAACAGCAAGAAAUGCUACCUCAGAGCCAGUACGGAGGAAGAGAUCUUCAGCCACCUGGGACUGGACUACAUCCAACCAUGUGACCGCAACGCCUGAUUGGUCAAGAGGUCUGUAGAAGGGGGGGAUAAACGGUUGCAUCCACUCUUCGGUUCCUGUGUGGAUCCAAAACCUGUAGAACCCAAAAGAACCUUGUAGAAGUUUACUCGGCAACUGAAUUCAAAUCUGCACCUCAAAAUGGCCGCCCGGGCUGACUCACCGCACUGCCUCGGCUGAUUCUCCCGUUAGUCACCAGCGGUGCCCGUGAGUCAGGAUAUCUGCUGGGUCACUCUCUCACUUCCAGAGCGUCCCUCGCAUGUGAAGAAAAGGGCCUCGGGAACCACGAGAGAAAACGCCUGACCGGCAAGA